CAGGCUGGAACUCCAGAGAGUCCAGCUUGAGACAGCAAACAGAACUGAGCUCCCCCAUCUGCUGCUUUUACUCCACCCAGCAAAGCACAGAGCAGAGGGGAAAUCCAAGCACACUGCAGACAGCAGGGAAAUACAGUCCCGGGCAAUCGAUAGAUCUCAACAUAAAAGCGAAAACUGUGAAAUCAGAUUGAGAACUGCAACAUGAAUAACGUAACGACCAGCGGCAGAUUAAGAGGUCUGUACAUGGAUACCGAGCUACCGUGCUUCUUCAAGGACGACUCGGAGGACUCCGAGCUAGAGCGGAUCAUGAACGAAUUGCCCAGCGCGGCCGACCGGGAGCAGUCAUAUGGAGAGGAGAGGACCACCAGCCCCGACUGGCUGGGGAUUCCCUCUUUCUUGCGGCCCCCCACGACAGGCAGCGUGUGUCCCUCAGGGACCGAAACAGAGCAGAGCAAAAAGCUGCUGCUGCCGAGCGUGGGGCAGGAUGGUAACCCACCUCAAUCUCCCAGUCUGUCCCGGCCAAAGAGCCCCUGGGGGAGAUACGACCCAUACGAUUCAGCAGAGGACCAAGAGAAAGAGUAUGUGGGCUUCGCUACUCUACCCAACCAGGUGCACCGGAAGUCAGUCAAGAAAGGAUUCGACUUCACACUUAUGGUGGCAGGCGAAUCUGGUCUGGGGAAAUCCACUCUAGUAAACAGCCUCUUUCUGACAGAUCUGUACAAGGACAGGAAGCUGCUCAAUGCUGAAGAACGGAUCACGCAGACUGUGGAGAUCACCAAACACUCUGUGGACAUUGAGGAGAAGGGGGUCAAACUCCGACUCACCAUAGUGGACACGCCUGGCUUCGGAGACGCCGUCAACAACACAGAGUGCUGGAAGUCUGUGGCAGACUACGUUGACCAGCAGUUUGAACAGUACUUCCGGGACGAGAGCGGGCUGAACCGGAAGAACAUCCAAGACAAUCGAGUGCACUGCUGCCUGUACUUCAUCUCCCCCUUCGGGCACGGAUUGAGGCCGCUGGACGUGGAGUUCAUGAAGGCACUGCAUGAGAAGGUGAACAUCGUGCCCAUCCUCGCCAAGGCAGACACACUCACCCCUGCUGAGGUCAAGAGGAAGAAAAUGAAGAUUCGAGAAGAGAUUGGCCAGUACUGUAUAAAAGUCUACCAGUUCCCUGACUGCGACUCCGACGAGGAUGAAGAUUUCAAACAACAAGACCAUGAACUGAAGGAAAGCAUCCCCUUUGCAGUGAUCGGCAGCAACACUGUUGUGGAAGCCAAAGGGAAGAGGGUUCGAGGGCGGCUGUACCCCUGGGGCAUUGUGGAAGUUGAGAACACGGCUCACUGUGACUUUGUGAAGCUGAGGAACAUGCUGGUCCGCACGCACAUGCAGGACCUGAAGGACGUGACCCGGGAGACCCACUACGAGAACUACAGAGCCCACUGCAUCCAGAGCAUGACCAGGAUGGUGGUGAAGGAGAGGAACAGGAACAAGCUGACAAGAGAGAGCGGCACAGACUUCCCCAUCCCUAUGGGGCCAGCAGGGUCGGACAGCGAGACGGAGAAACUGAUCCGGGAGAAGGACGAGGAGCUGCGGCGGAUGCAGGAAAUGUUACAGAAGAUCCAGGAACAGAUGCAUGGGCAGAAGGAUGGAUAUUAACGCCUUGCGCCCCGCCCCAACCAGCCCGCUCUCUCAUUCAGGGAUUCACUGUGUUUCUCUCGCUCUCCGGUCCUGAACAGACCCUGCAUUUACUCCCAAUGCACCUUAAAAGAGAACAAACAAAUAAACAAACAGUGAUCCUCUCGAAUUCUCAUUCUCAGCAAGGCCACAGUAAACUCGAAAGGAAACGACUGCAGGGCUAACUGAUGACACUCGAGUCAUGUGUGGCUCACUGAUCUCUCCAGUGUGGCUCUCUUCGGGGAUGGAAAUAAGACUCAUUGCAUAGCAGUUUGAUCUAUUCCUAGUUUUCCUAUGAGUUUAAUAAGAAGACACA